AUGGCAAAUGGCAGAUCGCCAAGAGAUCCAGACAGACAUCAUGCAGGCAUGACAGAGGUGGGUACAACAUUUCAGCAAAAAUGUGAGUGGAUUUGUUUGUUGUCUCGAGCACCUCCCACUGAUACGAAUCUUGAAUGGUUUGCAAAGCAAAGCCUGAAAGGAAAGAG